AUUCAUAUUUCCAAUUAUCAGGGUAAAUACAUCGGAAUUUCUCAAGGAUAGCAGGUUUAGUGAAUUGAGAAAUAGUGAGAGUGUAGGGAUAAAAUAAAACAAUAAACGAAAUGGAAGGGGAAUUCAAUAGAGAAUGUGAGGAAUAUGAUUGUCCUCCUUUAAGACAACAUUGGGAUAAAAUGGUAGAUAUCUUAUUGGCACAAACUGAUAAAAAAAGAUAGGAAAAAACAGAUAAAAGAACUAGGAGAAUGUACGCGCGAAAUUAUUGAACAUUAUGGUACUGAUUGUAUGGACAAAAAGGGAUCUCUGUUUCAGAAAGUGUGAAUAAAAGAGAAAAGAGCACAGGAAGCUGUUUUAAGACAGAGAAAAGAGGAAGUAGGGCUGUUGCACAAGCGAGCCCAUGCAAAGAAAGGAAAACAGUUAGAUAAAAUUUUUAGAAGAUGGUCUAGGGUCACACUUGCAGUAACUGUGUUGAAACCAAAGAAAAGGGAAGUGAACAGUAAGGACGCUGAAACCAAACUGAGUAAAAGAUAGGAAGUUGAGGCUGAGGCGAAGACUGAUCAGAUAGCAACGCCCACUGCCCCCACCAUACAGAGACUACUAAGAUCACUCACCCCCGUAAAACCCAACUAUAAGCCAGCAGCCGAAGGAGUUAGUGGUCAAUAGAGAACAUGAAAUUUAAACAUUGGGAUGGUAAAAAAGGAGCAGCAUACAUAAAUAGAUAAUUUCAAAGACUGAGAAGAAGCAUGUGAUGAAAACCAAAUGUCUAACUCUGUUACUAAUAGAAUUUUCAGGGCAGCAGUGUUACAAGGAGCUCCUGCUGGUGUGACCCAGCCCAUGGAACAGUCUCUUGAGGUACCAGGCAGUGAUGAUACUAAAUGGAAAAGGUAUGCAGUAGAUUUCAUAGACAAAGCAGUAGAAAGAGCAAAGAGGGAAGUGAGUUGCUAAAGCUGCAAAAGAACUUCUGAAACUGCAGUUUGAGGAGAGGAAGUCAGCUAAAAAUAAAAUAAGGGCCUGAAUGCCUCCCCACUUCCUGAAACAGACAACCCAAUAACACUGUUUACAGAUGAUAGCUGUCAAAGGGCAGAUGAUGGAACUCUGAAAGCAGGCUUUGCUGUGGUUAAAUUACAGAAUGAUCAAUUGGUCACCAUACAAUCUGGAACCCCUAAUUGGCAAACAAUCUGCACAAAAAGCAGAACUAUUGGCCCUAAUCAAUGCAUUGAGACACUCAAAAGGACAGUCUGUCAACAUCAACUCUGAUUCUGCAUAUGCAGUGUCCACAGCCCACGUGGAGCUGCCUGUGUGGAUCAGAUGUGGAUUCACAACUUCUUCUGGCCGGCCUAUUACUCAUGAGAAAGAAGCAAGAGAGCUCUCGGAAGCCAUAAUGUUGCCAGGCAAAGUGGCUAUUAUCAAGUGCACUGGUCAUUCUCAAGGAACUGACCUAAUAUUAAAAGGGAAUGAAGCAGCAGACUUGGCGGCAAAACGUGCCUCAGGCUACCUACAGGGUCAGUUUGUGGUCACAUCUGAGCCAGACGUGACAUCCCUCCUACCAGAAUUCUCAAGAGAAUUCUUAUCUGAGCAGCAAGACAUGGCUGCUCCUAAAGAAAAGUCUGUGUGGAAAAACAAAGGGGCAAUCAGACAUGAUGAUGGCCUUUGGACAGCACCUGAUGGUAGAGCUUUGCUCCCAGCGUCACUAGUCCCAAGCGUGUUGAAAGAAGCCCACACACCUGCACACUGUGGUGAUAAGCAAAUGUCGCGAGCAUUGCAAUCAUGGUGUCAUCCUUUUAUGCCACACCUAAUUUCUGGAUACAUAAAGACAUGUGACAUCUGUCAGAUGCACAAUGUCAAACCAACUAUGAAACCAUCUCAGGGAUCGUUCCCAUUGGCAAAUGGCCCUGGAGAUGAAGUUAUAAUUGAUUUCACUGACAUGAUUGAAAGGGUAAAUGGUAAACGAUACUUGCUUGUUAUGAUUGAUGCAUAUACUGGAUGGCCAGAGGCCUUCUCGGUGGGCAAGGAAGACAGCACUGCUGUCAUUAAAUGUCUGAUAAACCAUUACAUCCCACGUCGUGGUUUUCCAAGCUGGGUCAGAUCUGACAACGGCUCACACUUUAAAAAUGAACAUCUGGCUGAUGUGGAAAAGGCAUUGGGUUUAGUACACCAUUUCGGGGCAGUCUAUCACCCACAGUCACAAGGUAAGGUUGAGCGGUUGAAUCUAACAUUGAAAAACAAAUUGGCUAAAAUCUGUGCACAGACUAAAUUGACAUGGUUGGCUGCUCUUCCACUGGCUUUGAUGUCAGUAAGGAGCUCUGUGAGUAGGGCAACAGGAUACACGCCCUUUGAACUGUUGACUGGUCGCCAAUUUCCUGGCCCACUGACCCCACUACAAUUGGAACCAGUACAACCGUUAUCACACAAAAUUUACUAUGACAAAUUGACUGCUCUAAUUGAAUCUUUUGACAAAAUGUUACCAACUGAUUUUAGGGGACACAAAUAUCCAGCACCCCUACCUGACCGAACUUGGGACUGGGUGAGAUUGAGAAUCUACAGGCGUAAAUGGAAAGAGCCUCGCUGGUCUGCUCCAAUUAAGGUAAUUGCACGCACCUCUCACUGUGUUCGUCUUGCAGGAAAAGGUGACACUUGGUACCAUCUGAGCCAGUGCUGUCCGGUGGACCCGCCGUCCAGAUCAUUGAACGACACCAGAGUGGACCUUGCUUCGCAGGUCCAAGAGAGGGAGGAUACCACAGGAGGUGCAGGAGGGAGUGAGGGUACCACAAAAGGAGGUGACACACAAACACGUACACACGAUAGUAAUUUUCAUCCAUCACAAAGUAACCUACAAACUUUGCAGGUGGUCCACAAAACUGGGGAUUUAUUUACAGCCCCUAAAGGAGAAGCUGUAGCCCAUUGUGUCAGUGCAGACUGUGCAUUUGGAGCGGGCAUAGCGAAAAAAUUCAGAGAAAGAUAUGGGGUUGACAAGGUAAAGGCCCAGAAAAAAAAAAGAAAGGUGACUGUGCUAUAACUCACGAGGUAGACAGAAUAGUUUUCCACCUGAUCACAAAAACACUUG